UUAUUUAAAAUUAAAGAGAAAGUAAAAGUUUAUUUAAAUUCGUCAGUAAGGGAAAAAUAGAGCUUAAAACAUGUUCGAAAUAUUCAGCUUACCAUAUGCGGACUCCAUACAAUUGCCGUUGGCCAGUGGGCCAGGACCUAUCUUGGUUAUUAUCACUGGUUAUCUACUGGUUGUUUUUAAGGCCGGAAGAAAGUUCAUGGAGCACCGAGAUCCUUAUAAUCUUCAAGGAGUACUCAAGUGCUACAAUAUGUUUCAGAUUUGCUACAACAUAAUAUUGCUGUUUCCCGGGUUUUACUUCCUGUUCGUGUUCCAACCAUACAAUUUUCGCUGUAUGGAAGUCCUUCCGCAGGAUCAUCCGCUAAAGAAUUGGGAGCGCAGUAUUAGCUACGCUUACUACAUAAACAAGAUCAUUGACCUGCUAGACACCGUGUUCUGUGUGCUGCGCAAGAAGUACGUGCAAAUAACGUUUCUGCACGUGUUUCACCAUGUGCUGAUGCCAUCGGUCGGAUAUUUAAUAAUUCGCUUCCAGGGCUAUGGAGGUCAUCUCUUUUUCUUGUGCUCCUUCAACGUUAUUGUGCAUGUCUUCAUGUACGGUUACUACUAUUCGACGAUCGACGGAAAAACUGUGCACUGGAAACGAUACCUAACCCUUUUGCAAAUGAUGCAGUUCGUCUUCAUGUUUGGCCACUGUGCCUUCACUGCCAUGCAGGAUGAAUGUAAGGCCUCGCAGGGCACCCUCUUCCUAGUUAGCUGCUCCUCCGCUGCUAUGUUCACCAUGUUUGCCAAUUUCUACUUCCAGUGCUAUAUGAAAAAGCAAAAUUAAUUAAAAAGACGUUAAUAAAAAGCUCA